AGCGGACAGGGGAUGUCCAAGAGCGGACUCCCCCAUUUCCUGAUUGGAAGUGAGGGUGGUGAAAGCAGAGAACUGGAUGACAAAGACAUGAGGAACAUCUCAGGGCCUUACGGAGAGGAUGAGGAGGAGGAUCAGGCAGAGGGUCAGAUCGUGGUGGGGAUCUGCUCCAUGAUGAAGAAAUCAAAUUCCAAACCAAUGACUGAGAUUAUGGAGAGGCUCUGUAAAUUUGAGUACAUCACCGUGGUCAUUUUUUCAGAGGAGGUUAUACUCCAUGAACCGGUGGAGAAGUGGCCGUUGUGUGACUGCCUCAUUUCCUUCCAUUCCAAAGGAUUUCCCCUUGACAAAGCAGUGGGUUAUGCCAAACUAAGAAACCCCCUCCUUAUCAACGACCUCAACAUGCAGUAUUUCAUUCAAGACAGGAGGGAAGUUUACAGGAUUCUACAGGAAGAAGGCAUUGACCUUCCACGCUAUGCAGUGUUGAACAGGGACCCCGACAGACCAGAGGGUAAAGAGUGUAACCUGGUGGAGAGCGAGGACCAUGUGGAAGUGAACGGGGAAGUGUUUCAUAAACCUUUUGUGGAGAAGCCUGUCUCCGCCGAGGACCACAAUGUCUACAUCUAUUACCCAACCUCGGCCGGUGGGGGCAGCCAGCGUCUCUUUAGAAAGAUUGGCAGUCGGAGCAGUGUGUAUUCUCCUGAAAGUACCGUUCGUAAGACUGGAUCUUACAUCUACGAGGAGUUCAUGCCAACAGAUGGCACAGAUGUUAAGGUUUACACAGUAGGGCCUGACUACGCUCACGCCGAGGCCCGUAAGUCUCCUGCUCUGGAUGGGAAAGUAGAGAGAGACAGUGAGGGAAAGGAGAUCCGCUAUCCUGUGAUGCUAACCGCAAUGGAGAAGCUCGUGGCCAGAAAAGUGUGUCUUGCGUUUAAGCAAACAGUGUGUGGUUUUGACCUCCUCCGAGCAAAUGGCCACUCUUUUGUUUGUGACGUUAAUGGCUUCAGCUUUGUAAAGAACUCCAUGAAGUACUAUGAUGAUUGUGCCAAAGUUCUGGGGAACAUGGUGAUGCGAGAGCUGGCUCCUCAGUUUCACAUUCCCUGGUCCAUCCCCAUGGAAGCAGAGGACAUCCCUAUUGUCCCGACUACCUCAGGAACCAUGAUGGAGCUUCGUUGUGUUAUUGCUGUAAUUCGUCAUGGUGACCGUACGCCCAAACAGAAGAUGAAGAUGGAGGUCAGGAACGCCUUGUUUUUUGAAUUGUUCGAAAAAUACGGUGGCUAUAAGUCCGGAAAACUCAAGCUGAAGAAACCAAAACAGCUCCAGGAAGUGCUGGAUAUUGCCCGUCAGCUGUUGGCAGAACUGGUCCUACAUAAUGAUUGUGAAAUUGAGGAAAAGAAAUCCAAACUAGAACAGCUGAAGACGGUUCUGGAGAUGGAAUCCAGUCUGAAUGAUAAUCAGUAUGGCCAUUUCUCUGGGAUCAACAGGAAGGUGCAGCUGACUUACUUGCCAAAUGGACAGCCCAAAGCAUCCAGUGAGGAGGAAGACACUCUGAAGGAGGGUCCAUCUCUACUGCUGGUGUUGAAGUGGGGUGGUGAGCUGACCCCAGCAGGUAGAGUUCAGGCUGAGGAGCUGGGACGAGCCUUCCGCUGCAUGUACCCUGGAGGACAAGGCGACUAUGCCGGCUUCCCCGGUUGUGGCCUUCUCCGUUUGCACAGCACUUACCGCCAUGACCUCAAAAUCUACGCCUCCGAUGAAGGUCGUGUGCAGAUGACUGCAGCGGCAUUCGCAAAGGGUCUGUUAGCACUGGAAGGAGAGUUGACUCCAAUCCUCGUUCAGAUGGUGAAGAGUGCCAACAUGAACGGACUGCUGGACAGUGACAGCGACUCUCUCACUGACUGUCAGCAGAGAGUCAAAGCUCGAUUACAUGAGAUCAUGCAGAAGAACAAAGACUUCAGUGAGGAGGACUACAACAAGUUGGCUCCAACAGGCAGCCCAUCUUUGGUAAACUCCAUGAGGGUAAUUGUCAAUCCAGUCAAGACUUGUGACCAAGUUCACACCCUCAUUAAAAGCCUUACUUGCCAGAUCUGUAAAAGGCUCGAAGACCCCAAAUCUGCAGACCUGCAGCUAUACCACAGCGAGACUCUGGAGCUCAUGCUGCAACGCUGGUCCAAACUGGAGCGUGACUUCCGCAUGAAAAAUUGCCGCUAUGACAUCAGUAAGAUCCCGGACAUUUACGAUUGUGUGAAAUAUGACACUCAGCACAACAGUUCUCUGAGUUUGGAGGACACGCUGGAGCUUUUCCGUCUGUCCAGAGCACUUGCGGACAUCAUCAUCCCCCAGGAGUAUGGAAUCACUAAAGCGGAGAAGCUAGACAUCGCUAGUGCCUACUGUCUGCCUCUGGUCAAGAAGAUUCAGCUGGAUCUUCAGAGGACUCAUGAGGACGAGGCCGUCAACAAGCUGCAUCCACUGUGGUUCAGGUACUCGCGGGGAGUGAUGUCUCCGGGUCGGCACGUUCGGACCCGACUCUAUUUCACUAGCGAGAGCCACGUACACUCCCUGCUUAGCAUCUUCCGCUACGGAGGCCUGUUAGACGAACAAAAAGAUGAACAGUGGAAGCAGGCUAUGGACUACCUCAGCGCCGUGACUGAACUCAACUAUAUGACACAGAUUGUUAUUAUGCUGUAUGAGGACAAUAACAAGGACCCUUCCUCAGAGGAACGUUUUCACGUGGAGUUGCACUUUAGCCCAGGGGUAAAGGGGUGCAAGGAUGAGGAUAAUGCACCAAUGGGUUUCGGCUUCCGGCCCGCCUCCUCAGAGAACCACGAGAAGCAGACAAACCAAGGCAGUCUUGAAGACCUUUCCCAAGAUGAGCCCGACAGAGCCGUACUGACUGAGCCAAUCAAUAUUCAGAGGAAGUCGCCACUUAUACGCAACCGCAAGGCUGGAUCUAUGGAGGCUCUUUCAGAGAGCAACACUUCUUCUCGUGGACUGGCGUAUCGUCUCUUGCCGUCGUCUUCUCGUCAGUCCCCUGAGAUCAAACCCAGCGGGCUAGGCUCCCAGUGUGCAGGCCUCUUCAGUGCUUCCUUCCCCAACCUGAGAGACCUAACACGAGCUCCCCGCAAAAAGCCCUCCUCGCUCAGGAAUGUGUCUUCUCAAGCCGAGCUGCUCUCUAUGCCACCAGUAAAGAGAUUUUCUGUGUCGUAUGCCAGGCAUCCGACUAAUGAUGAGCAUCAGGUGGUAAAGCUGUUAGCUGGGCUCUCUGCUGACCACCUACACCACUGCUCCUCCCACCUGCUCUGUGCUGGCCACAAGCCCCCAGAAUGCCUCUCUGGGUUUGAAGGUUGCUCCCUGGUGCCCUCCAUCUAUCCACUGGAGACACUGCACAACUCACUGUCCCUCAAGCAGGUGGACGAGUUCCUCACGGUGCUGUGCAAGAACGGGAGUCAGGCACAAUUCAAGAGGCUCAAAUCUCUGUCUGCCAUGUUUGAGUCACACUCCCAGCCAUCCAUAGAUGUUGAUAGUCAGGAGACCCCAGUGUCCACCCCAGUCCAGCUGAACCAACCGACUGCAAAACCCAUCUGGUACACCGGUGAGCCUUCCAGUACGGUAUCCAGCUCUGGGCCAUCGUCUCCAUCUGUAGCAGAGUCUUCAUCCAACUUUGGAUUCAACGAGUAGAUGUCUUGGAAACACUUUUGAUCAGUUUUGCAGAAAGAUCGACUUUAAGAUUGAUAUGGUCCUAGUUAUAACUUGUAAGCUGCUAAUAUCGUACUAUCUGCACUUCUGCCUGAACAAUAGAGAGCCAUUUUGGCCGCGAUUCAUCAGCUGAUAGUUUGAUCUGUCAGCAAAUACAGCUCUGGAACCAGUAAUUAGCUCUUCCGUUGGAGUCAGAUAGUAAUUAUGAUCCCAGAUUCAGUGGCAGAGAGACAGACAUUACAGACAAUGGUAAUUGUCUGUGCUUCUUUUUUUGUCACCCCACACCAAUGUAAUUACACGGCACAGAAUAAUGCAACUCGAAUAAAUACCCAAAGGAGCAAAUAGACCAAUAAGACCACACGAAAUAUGAAUAUUUAAUACCAGUCGAGUAAAUGUAAUUCUACCACUGUUCUUUGGUUUGUGUAUAUUAGAAUUAUUUUAUGAUUUUUUUUUUAGAUGUUUGAUUAUGAUUUAUUUUCAGAUUUAAAAGAAAAUUGCUGUAUUUUUAUUCUAUGAAAUGCAAAAGGUAUUGUUUGGGAAUGAAUAAAUGUGUGCCCAAUGAGCUGCAAUAGACUUUCGAGAAUGUUCAGCUGUUUGCAAUCUGCUGUUGUGUUUACGCUGUAAGUUUAAAUAAGUAUAUUUAAUUUUAGAGAAUUGUAUUACUUAAUAAAAUUGCUGUAAUGU